AUGGCGCCCAUUCGACGAUACCUCCGCAUUAGCAAAUACUCAGUACUGGAAUGUCGCAUUUAUCUAGAAUCUCCAUCUGAUUCAAGGUGGCUCUUGGACUCGCGUGAUCCUGUCCUGCCCCGCGUUAUCGCUGCCGUUCGACCGUUGGUCCUUCCGAAGCUGCGUGAAGAGAACGAGCGACUGUUCUUGCGCAAGAAGGGCAAGCCGGUCAAAGAUGUCAUUGUAGAAGAUGACUUCGAAGUGGCCAUCUUCCUCCGCGAAUCCCGUACCCGCCAUUCGCUCCUCACGCGCAACAAGACAUUACACGGAAAGGAAAAUAAAGUUCAAGAGUCGAACAUAGAAGUCAAAUCAGACAAUGUCUCGGGGGAUACGGCUGCCAACCCGGUUAAUGCGGCAGAUGGCGAAAUUAUGAUCGAGAGUGACAGUGAACCUGACCUGGAACUGCACAAUAUUCCCGAAUCCUCGGACGAAGUGGCACUGGGAAACGGACGCCGAUCAAGCAGGAGAAGUCGGACAACCAAGGAAGACCGGGCGCCACUCGAAGACACGACUGGCAGUGAUGACAAGAAGCUUCGUUUCAGCACCCACUAUGAGAGCUUCAAUAUAUAUGGAUGGGUUUUAUGUCUGUUGAUAACCCGAAAGCGUGACAAAGGCGGCUCAAAAGCUGUGGCAUCCGAGCCACAUCGGCAACCUCUGAUGGAAGAAUGGAUUUCAACUCAGGCUCAGGCGUCUAUCGACGAUUGA